AUGCAUGGCAGGAAUGGUGAGCUGGGUGCUGUGUGCCAUGUGGCCAAUGCGGUGCACACAUGUAGCAACUGUGCUGCCAGCUGUUCAACGAAGGAGGAAGGGGCCACCGUUGCCUCCACGAUGAGUGUGACGACACAUAAAUACGCCGGCCCUCAUGAAUUGCGGUGGCGUCAAUUUUCUCCCGACGGAACCAUCCAUCCGCCUGCACGGAGCAGCGCUGCUGACCGUACGGGCAUCUGUCAGUUGCCGCCGCCCCGUGAAGGGAAGGAUGACACAAAAUCUGGUGAGACAACUGCGCCGCAAGUUAAUGCUGAGCCGUCACGUCAACACGAGGAUUGGCGACAGUCUGCCGCGGCUGACGGACCCAACACCGUCGAUCGGAGUCCCGCAUCCAACAAGUGUAGGAAAAAGUUUCGCAUUGCAACCGAUCCGAAAGAAAACGUGGCUCCAACACCACCCAAGAGGAGGCCUAGCAUUGCCACGAGUCGGAACAUAGAAAUGGAUCCGAAUGCAUUUGAGACGAUGACUGCGCCCGCCACCGCGUUGAGGAUUUCAGUGGGCUCGAAGGAUGCCCGUGAGAGUGAGGCCGUUGACGGCAGCGGCGAGCACUUUUCUGGGGAAAUUGCGGGAGGAAUGAAUGGUCACAACGUCUCCGGAAAAACAAAGCGGCAUCAAGAAAUGUGA